AAAGUUGUGUGCGGAGUAAGACGUCAUUCAGUUUGUGUUUCGAAUUAUAAGAGUGAACAUAAGGCUUUUUUAUAAGUUUUAUUAAACUCUUAAAAAUCACAAUAAUCACUACUUGAUGUUGAUCGAGUUUACAGUUAAUUUCAUAAGAAAUCUGUAAAGAAUCCAUCAUCAAAUAGUUAUUGAUAGUGACGAAAAAAACGACAACAAUCUGACGAUAACAUAUUCGAAAUAUUUAUCGAGAGGGCGCUACAAGCAAAGAAAGUGUGUGGGUGUUUGAAAAAAGACAAAAGUUUUGGUGUUGCUGGACUAGAGUAAAGUGGAACGAAAACAUAAAUAGACUCGACCAGUUGCCAAAUUGCGUUGGAUAGCGUUCACUAAGUACAAAGACAGUAUAAAAGUGCAUCUAUAGAGUUACUUUCAAUAACUUUGGGUGACUUUUAAUAAGUAGUUGGUCUCUAUCUACGAAAGUUUCUGCGCGAAAUUAAUUAUGUAAUUAUUUCGAUACUUAUUGAUAACUGAUUACGUGGCAAAUCUAAUCUUUUAUUGAUCGAACAUCACAAACAACAAGUCAAAAAAAAGAUAUUUUCCAUUAUUUUUGAAAUUCUUAUCACAACUCAAGUUCACAAACUGGCUCCAGAAGUGAGGAUUAAACAAAUUGGAAUGAGGGAGGACCUUUCGUCUAUAAUACGACACACCAGUAGUGAUCAUUUUUCUGAAGAACUUUAGCGGGAUUGAUUUUAGGCAAGACAUCUAGCCGAAUGUGGUCAGAGGUAGUUGAUUAAAUUGAUUUUAUGACCAAAAUAUAUUUUUUUUCAUCUAUUUUUAUUACUGAUGAUCACCGGGUGCAGUAAAACCUUCAUUUGCUGGUACUUGUAUCUCUGACGUCAUUGGAAAGGCCUUCAACCCUGAUUAAUACUCAAGUUGCAUUCAGAUUUUAUACAGAAUCAGAAAAAUUUCUUGAUUUGAUGAAUAAAAAUCAGAUAUUCUUUCAUCGUCUUACAGCCCUGAAAAAUUUAUAUAAAUCUUUUCUCUAAAAGAUUAUAUCAUCAUUUUCAAGAGUUUGUUAAUCCUGAAUAAAUCACUACUUUCAAAAAGCACUGAUUUAAAAUUUAAAUAUACGACAGUUGAUCAAAAGCAAUAAUAUUUAGUAAAGCUUCAUGAAUUGACUACAAAAUCUUUACACAACAAAUGACUCAACGAUCUACUUGAUAAAAACGUAGAAAAAUUAUAUUUCAGAAUUUUUUAUAUAAUUCCUAGUUGAAGUAUUAAUAACAUCCAAUAUCUAUUCUAUUUUCAACGUCAUAAAACUUUAAGUAAACAUCAUCAAUUGAUUGUUACUGACUAACAUCAAGAACAUAAAAAUAUACUGUGGUCUAUCAUUUUGAAUUAAAAAUAAAAAUAACUGGAAGAGAUAAAACAAAGAUCUGGAGAAUAAAUUGACCACCAUCAGCCACUCAUUUGGGGGGAUGCCCUGGGUGGCUGCCUGCUUUGAUCUUCUGAUCGGCCCAAUAUUUAGCUACUGUCUUGCUGUAAGAAAAUUAGCACUACAAGCUGGAAUACUACACGAAGCUGGUGGUGUUCUAACUAACAUUUCAAGUGAUAAUAAACACGAUCUAACUUUUCCUUCUACAAAAGCUUCUACAAUGGCUCCUUGUGCUGAAGAAAAACAUCAAGAAUCGAAUAAAGAUUCAUCAGUGAGAGCUCCGGGAAUUUUAAAAUCACCAAGAAAAUUUUCUGGAGUUGUAAUUGCUAUGUCUGGUCUUCCUGCACGCGGAAAAUCUCAAGUUGCACAAAGUCUUGCACGAAGGCUUAAUUGGAGUGGCGAGUCUGCUAAAGUGAUGCGAGUAAGUGAUUAUCGGCGGAAGAAACUCGAGCUUUAUGGCACCCACGAGCUUUUCCGUCCGGAUCACGCAGCUAAUUCAGCCCUCAGGUCGUUGGCAACGCGUGAUGCGAUGCACGACUGCGCUGCAUGGUUGGCAUCUGGAAAUUCUGUAGCUAUCCUCGAUGGUUGCCUGGUGAGGAAAGAUCAACGUGCGGAGGUAUUUGACUACUUCAAUGGACAACUGGGUUAUCGAGUUCUCUUCAUCGAGUGUGUCUGUGAUGAUCCCAAAGCUCUGGAGCAAAAUUAUGCUGAGGUGAUUCGUCACAGCGCCGAUUAUGCUAGAAUGGAUCCCUUGGCAGCUGCAGAAGAUCUAAAGCUCAAGGUAGCACACUAUGUUCGUGCUUAUGAACCAAUGGAUGAGAAAAAUUAUCCCAGGGUUACUAUCGACACUAUUACUUUGGAUAUUCAAGUACACAAAGUCAGUGGACAUGUUGAGAGUAAAGUCCUUGGAUAUCUGGGCUGUAUUAAUAUUAAACCACACACUCUCUAUUUUUCACGGCAUGGUGAAAGUGAAUACAACGUCUUGGGAAAAAUUGGAGGUGAUGCAGUAUUAAGUGCACGUGGAGAACGUUAUGCUCAAGCAUUAGCUACAAGAAUUAAUGCAAUGCAUAUACCAGACUUGCGUGUGCUUACCAGCCGGUUACGAAGAACAAUUGCAACAGCACGAGGCAUCGAAGCACCUCAAGAGCACGUUGCUGAAUUAAAUGAGCUUGAUGCGGGUAUUUGUGAAGGCCUUUCUUAUGAAGAAAUGCAAGAACAUUAUCCACAGGAAUUUGCUUGGAGAGAUCAGGAUAAACUUCGAUAUCGUUACCCUUGGGGCGAAAGCUAUGUAGACAUAAUGCAACGAGUAGAACCCGUGAUAGCAGAACUUGAACAAGCAAACAAUGUUCUUGUGGUUUCACAUCAAGCAGUUUUACGUUGUUUAAUUGGCUUUUUCCUUGACAAAAAACCUGAAGAAUUGCCUUAUAUGGAAGUACCACUUCACACAAUUAUACGAAUUUCAAGUCAUGGCUUUGACUAUCGGUUAGAGUUCAUUAAGAUGCCUAUUGAGUGUGUUAACACUACCAGGAAUAAACCUCAAAACUGUAAUGCUAACCGAACUGCAGCUGAUGCUCUAUUAACUGUACCAGCUCAUUUUGAUAUCCCUGAUCCUUGGAGAAAUCCUGGAGGUGGUCCAACACUUGUUCAACAACACUGAGGAGAAUGUGAUGAAGAGAAGCCGUCCACAUCGACUUCUUCUUCAUCAUCAGCUUUCUUGUCAUCAAGAAAGUCGAUAAAUUGAUAUAAACAAUUGAUGACAAAUUCUAUUGAAAAUUAAAAACAAGUUAAAUAUGUAAUAAUAAUUUUAACAUUAAAGGUAAGUCAUUAUCUUUUUGUUAAUGCAAAUUAUUUACAAACAAAUAUUUAUUUGCAUUUUUACUGAUAAAAAGAAAAUAACGAUGUUAUAAAAGCCUUGAAAAGGGAUGUGAAGAAUUUUCUGUACUUGAAUUUUUUUAAAAAUUGUUUGACUGAAGACUCAGAAAAGACGUGUGCCAAUGAAAUUGUAGAAUAAUAAAAAAAAACAAUCAAUAAUGGAUAAGUUUAUCAGAUGAAAAACAUUGAUAAAAGGAUCGAAUAAAAUUAAUAUAGCAGCGUUGCUGUUUUUUUUAAAAAUAAAUCUUGAAAAAUA